ACAACAAACUUGCUUCCCCCCAGCGCGGCGCAUGAUAGUAGGGUCCGACCAGAAUUGUCUCUAGAAUUGGCCUCAACCUUGCUCGACUCCCAAAGAAGUUUGAAUAUUGACUCUUGUCCCUUUACAGCAGCCCAGGACAGCGGCGUGCGACCGCAAUUGUCUCUAGAAUCUAUCUCGAUAUUGCCUGUUUUCAACAGAAGCUCGACGAUAGACCCGUGUCCCUUUAUUGCGGCCCAUGAUAGUGGUGUGCGGCCAAAAUUGUCUCUAGAA